CGACGUCGUUUGAGCAAAGCAAAUAGAUACUUCUUCAUCUUCGCGACAAGUUCAAAGAAACAACCAACAAUGGCGAACCCAGAGAGCAGUAGCAGAAGCUCACGAUGGUCCCUCAAGGGAACCACCGCUCUCGUUACCGGUGGCACACGUGGAAUCGGGCACGCUGUGGUGGAGGAACUGGCUGAGUUUGGUGCUACUGUGUACACUUGUUCUAGGAAUGAAGUGGAGCUGAAUGCAUGCUUAAAGGAGUGGCAAGAGAAGGGGUUUUCAGUUUCUGGUUCUGUCUGUGAUGCGUCUUCUCCACCUCAAAGAGAGAAGCUUUUUGAACUAGUAGCUUCUGCCUUCAAUGGCAAGCUUAACAUACUUGUAAACAACGUUGGAACAAAUAUCAGGAAGCCAACAAUUGAGUAUACAGCUGAAGAAUAUUCAAAAUUGAUGAGUACUAACUUGGAUUCUGCACACCACCUUAGCCAACUUGCAUAUCCUCUUCUUAAAGCAUCUGGAAAUGGAAGCAUUGUGUUCAUUUCCUCUGUUGCAGCUCUGGCACAUGUAGGUUCUGGAGCUGUUUACGCUGCAAGUAAAGCUGCAAUCAAUCAACUUACCAAAUAUCUUGCUUGUGAAUGGGCAAAAGACAAUAUUAGGAGCAACAGUGUUGCACCCUGGUAUACAAAAACAUCACUCGUGGAACCUGUGCUUUCCAACAAAGAGUUGGUGAAUGAGAUAUUAUCGCGUACACCGAUAAAGCGAAUGGCAGAAACACAUGAAGUGUCAUCCUUGGUCACUUUCCUUUGCCUGCCAGCUGCUUCCUACAUCACUGGACAGGUUAUUUCUGUUGAUGGGGGAUUUACUGCCAAUGGAUUUCAACCCAGCAUGAGAAUUACUUAAUGCAAAAUUGUCAUUCUUAUUUUCCGGAUUAUGUGUAAAACACAUGGUAAUCAUUGUGCUAUGUUUAGUUUAAGCUGAAUCCAAUUGAAACCCAAUUAAACGCUAAUGAAGGACUUGGAUUCCUUUCAUGUUUCGUGCCUCAUAAUGUGCGGUCUCAAAUUUCAAUACACUGAAUGUGGUUUUUAACCGCGAACCAAACAUGCAAUUGUGGUUACACACCACCCAUUUUUCAGUUUGUCA